CUCAUCGCAGGCCACGCGCAAUACGUCAAAGGUGCUGUUGAGGCCCGCGAAACAAUAGGGCGGCUAACCUCAUCCGAAUCAUGGAAAUCUUCCGGCACCCAAGACAAACAAGAUGCAGUUUCCACAAUGCAAGAAGCCGGAAAAGAGCGUGAUUGCGCAAGCCAAAGGGACCGAAAAGUAGAGGCGGCAGUUGAGAAAGUUGUGGGUUGUGAGGGGAUGGAGAAGGAAGGGAGGAGAGCCGGAAAUGAAUAG